AUGAGUCACUACCAACAGCAAGCACAAACGUCAAGUUACUCGGAUGAUGAAUCGAAAGAUAUAUCACCUCAACCGAACAAUCACGAUUUGGAAUAUCAACCUGAACAACAUGUUUUCAGGGAUAUAACUAAAGUUGAAGAUGUUGAUUUCUCAGCGUACAACUUCACUCGAGAAGAAGAGAAGAAAGUGGUCAGGAAAUUGGAUUUACAUAUCUUACCUUUUAUCUGGGCCGGUUAUCUGUUCAACUCGCUUGAUCGAAAUAACCUUUCCAAUGCAAAAUCCGAUGGAAUGACCACAGAUCUCCAUUUCCCAAACGAAGGAUACGGUAUAAUGAUUUCCAUCAACAAUAUCCCCUGGGUACUCUGUGUGGUGCCCAUGGUUAUCUUAUCAAGAAAGAUCGGUCCGAGAUGGACUAUACCUGGUUACAUGAUUGCAUGGGGUACGAUGGUUUUGAUCAAUGCUGCUGUCAAGAAUUUCGCGGGUACCUUGGUUACUAGAUUCCUCCUCGGUGUAUUCGAAGCUGGUUUCGCUCCUACCUUGAUCUACUAUCUUACCGGUUGGUACACCCGAGGAGAACUUGCCAAGCGAGUCGCUGUGUUUUACUCUUGUAACGCUCUGUCUGGUGCUUUCUCUGGUCUUAUCGCAUACGGUGUGUUCCAGAUGGACUCUAAACUGCACGGUUGGCAAAUCCUCUUCUUGAUUGAAGGAGCAUUCACAGUCGCAUUUGCCAUCCUCGCUGGAAUCAUGCUCCCCUGGUCAAUCGAUGGUGCUUCUUUCCUCGGUGAACGUGAAAAGGAAGUAGCCAAAUUACGUAUCCUAAAGGAUUCAUCCGGUACCACUGAGAGUAAAUUCGAUCGAAAGACUUUCUUUGCUCCUCUUAAAGAUUGGAGAUUAUACGUUUUCGCAACUAUCGCCACUCUCUAUUCUACUGCUGCCAGUGUAGCUGGAAACUUCCUUACUCAAAUUGUCGGUCGAUUCGGAUACUCCGUCGUCAAAACCAACCUUUAUACCGUCGCUCCUUUCAUCUUUGGAACUUUUAUGAUGCUUGCCACAGCAGUGUCGUCCGAUCAUUUCAGAGAAAGAGGUUUCCACCUUGUUUCAGCUUAUACUCUCGUGUUUAUCGGAUGUGUCAUCCUCGCCGCUACACCCGUCUCAAAUCAUGCUGUGGGGUAUUUCGCCGUGUUUUUGAUCACUGGUGGAGCUCAAACACCAUCGGUUAUCUUCCACUCGUGGCAUCAGUCCAAUGAUGCGAGUGAGGAUGGAAGAGCGUUCAAAGUCGCUUUCCUAUCUACAUUCGCCAAUUCCGGUGGAUUCGUAUCAGCCAACAUCUUCCUGGACAAAUGGUCACCAGGGUAUAGAAUCCCCCUGAUUAUCGUCGCUUGUAUAAACGCAACCGGUAUUCUCGUAGCUACUUCCUUCAGGUUGUAUAUGGCUUAUGAGAACAGAAGAAGAAACAAGGCUCAAGGUGUCAACUGGACUUCGAAAGAUGUUCCUACCGAAGCGCUUAAAGCUGGUCCUAAGAACCCAUUGUUUAGAUAUUUCUUAUAA